CUAAUGAGUCGGCCUAGGAGAGAGAGACGGUUGGGUGUGCGGUACAUUGACAAUGAUAGGGAGCGCGACAUCAGCUUCUACAAGCGGCAUUCCAGUAUGUUCAAGGGUGCCGCUGACUUCUCCGUCCUCACAGGCACACGGGUUGCUGUCGUCCUAGAAACAAACGGUGGAAAAAUGCAUUCAUUUGGAACCCCAUCGGCUGAUCCUAUUGUUGAUGCUUUCCUGUCAGAAAAUCCACCAAUAGGGCCAUUGACCGACGAUGUGACAAGUGCCAGCAUUGCAUGGCUGCAGAACGAGGUGGCUCGUUUGGACAUGGAGAACACACCGGAGGAGAAUAAAACAAAACUCUCCAUCGAGGAUACCAAGAAGAUCCAACGUGAGAACCCAGGAAUGGUGGCAAACUUUAUUUUCUCCAAGCAAGAAGAUCUCAGCCUCGAAGAUCUGAUCCAGCUCUUCCAUGAAUACUCACGGGUCCAGGAAGUCAUUGAACGUCAUACAUCCUAUGGAAAAGUUAUCGGGCAGUCCCUAAGCCUUAGGAUUGGUGGUCCGAUAUAA